CCUCCUGCUCCAAGGAGCCAUUUUAAAGACCCUUUGGGUUCAUGAAAAAGUUUGAGAUUCACUUCCUAGGGGGCUACCACCAACCAGGCUACUGCUGCUGCUGCUGCUGCUGGAGUUUUUUCCAGGCGAUGCUUUUGCUUUUUUGCAGGACACUGCAGACUCCUCCCUUGCACAACGUCACCCGAUCCCGAUCUCUCCCAAAGCCUCAGCGAUAGUCGGCAACACAACGCACUGUAUGUGGAGGCACUGGCAGAUCAGGGGGGCUGUGCGCAUAGCGGGAUAAAGCUACACUGUAUUUCAUAAACAAAACAAAAUCGAGGGGGGGGCGCAUCCAUCCCACCAUUCCCAGAGAGUUCCAACAACUUCAUCGGCCUGGCAGUGUGCUGAUCUGUACCGCUGCGCACAGGGAGCACCGGGAACUUACGGAACUCAAAUUUACAGGGACGGUGCCAGCAGAUCAGCUGUUACGUUCCUUGUCCAUUUUUUUGCAUACGGAAGAAAAAAAGGCGACAUUUCCCUGAAGGAAGUCUCCAAGUGUUGGUAACUUCCCAGCUUCGCAGCAUCGAUCGAGGACCUCCCGCCCACUUUACCUCUGAUCCCUGAGCCCGUGCGGAGGGAGAGAGUCGUGCAGCCGCAGCGGACGCUGGAUGCAUGGAGCAACAAAGGCUACAUGCCUAAACUCCAAUAGCUGCUUUGAUAAAAACCCAACGUUACUUCUGUCCUCGCCUGCUUUUACGCAAAAGACUCCCAUCACCUAAACCGGUCCAAUCUGCAACUGCUUGGAUCUCAUUUUUCAUUUCGGUGGACCCGGGGCUAGGUUUCUACUUAGAGCAAAACUCUGCCAGCCAGCCAAGAAAUCGUCGCAGACGUGAAAUUGGAUGCUUUGGCACGGAGAAGCGCAACACCGAUCCUCCAGUUUUGCGAAAGUCUCCUACCGCUCAGUGAGGGAGAUCGACUAGUUUUGAACCAAAGUGGGAUUUUGCACAAGUUGCAUGCUUGCUCUUUGUCGUCUCGAGUGAGCCCCCCCUGUUCAUCCACCCCUCAGGUUAUCAAACGAGAUCCGACGGAUAGUUGAGGUGCCAUGGCGAUGUGUGUGGAGAUAUGGAUACUCCUGCUAGCGCUGCACGUCCAAGGUAAGACGCAGACUUCAGCGGGGAAUCAUCCAACACAUACUGGCAGCGGGCAGAUGGUACAGAUGGACUCCGCUAAGUCCGGCUUUGUGGGCUCACAAGUGGAACUGCGCUGCAUUUUCGUCAACAGCAACCCGCCGGUCAAGAUCUCUCAAGUCACCUGGCAGAAGGUCCUUAACGGCAGCAAACAGAACGUGGCCAUAGCCAACCCGGCCUUGGGCGUGUCCGUCCUGCCGCCCUUUAAGGAGCGAGUCACCUUCAAGCAGGCCGCGGUCCGCCAUCGCACGCCCUCGCUGGAGGACACCACCAUCAUGUUCUCCGAGCUGCAGCUGUCUGACGAGGCGGCCUACAUCUGCGAGUAUACCACAUUUCCUGCGGGAAACCGGGAAAACAUGGUCAACCUCACCGUAUUUGCUCGGCCCAUGACACGCAUGACUCUGACGACGCCCACCAUCGUGGCCAGGGCCAGCAAACGCAAGAUGACUGUCGCCACGUGUGUGUCGGCCAACGGGAAGCCGCCGAGCGUGAUCAAAUGGGACACCAGGUUGAAGGGCGAAGCCACGUUCCAGGAGACUCACAACCAAAACGGGACGGUGACGGUGCGUAGCAACUACGUGGUGGUGCCGAGCCGCGAGACCCACAAGCAGAAGCUGACGUGCAUCGUGACGUACCGAAACGAGAGGAUCACAGACAGCGUGGUGCUCAACGUGCAGUACGAACCCGAGGUGAAGAUCGAGGACUUUGAUGGAAACUGGUUCCUGAAUCGUCAGAAUGUUCAGCUGACCUGCAGGGCUGACGCCAACCCCCCUGUCACCAUCUACCAGUGGAAACUCUUGAACGGCUCCCUGCCCAGUAAUGUGGAGAUCAAGAACAACACCCUUUUCUUCAAAGGACCGGUGACCUACGACCUGGCCGGCACGUACGUCUGCGACGCCACCAACAGCAUCGGGACUCGCACCGGCAUCGUGGACGUCAACAUCACAGAAUUCCCUAACAACAACAUGCCACGCGGGGGCGAGAUCACGCAGGAGGCGCACAAUGCAGGCGCCGCCAUCGGGGGCGCCGUGGGGGGAGUGGCCCUGUUGGCCGUGGCGGCCAUACUGCUCUUCGUAUUCCUGCGCCGCCGCCAGCGCACCUUCAAAGGAGACUACAGCACCAAGAAACACGUGUUCGGUAACGGGUACAGCAAGGCCGGCGGCCUGCCCGCCCACCCCCCCAUCCCCAAGAACCUCCAGUACCCGGACGACUCGGACGACGAGAAGAAACCCGCCCAGAUCGGCGGGCCCGGGGGGUUCGAGGCGAGCGAGCGUGAUUUUGACGGCGAGCAGGAGGACCUGAAGAGGCCCUAUUUCACCGUGGACGAAGGGGAGAGCCGAGAUUAUGACGAGCGGACUCUGGCCUUCCAGUAUGACCCAGAACCUGAGAUAGCCGACGACAUGAUCUCUCAAACCGAUGGCUCUGUCAUUUCUAAGAAAGAGUGGUAUGUGUAGUGGCAUGCAACCGCCAAGCCAAAACCCUUUGUCCCCACCAACCUGCAUUCCACUGCACCCUUCACCUCCAUCACGACCCCGACCUCCCAUUCGUCACACUGCAACCCUUUCACAGUCCCACUCCCUUACACCCCCUCCCGACCCUCCCCAUCAAACCCCAUCCAACUAAUCUCAAUUAGAAGAGCAAGCGUCUAUUUAACGUGCUAGCGACAUCAACUUCUCAGCAUUGCUAUCAGUUCCAUCAGGUGAAUGGGCAAAGAAUACAAACUAAGGUAUGUAAAUGGACUCGUUGUCCAGGGAGGUGAUUGGUUACUUCAUAAAGGUGUAAUUUUGUGUAUUUUUUUUUUCUCUUUUUCCAUGUUCUAAAUGUAUUAAAUGUAUAAAAAGAGACUGCAGGUUGAGGUUUUUAUUUUAAUUUUUGCUGAGCACAUUUGUGAAAGUCUUACACUGGAUGUGCGAAUGUUUUUUUUGGGGGGUUUUGUUUUAUAACCAUUGCCUUUUUUUAUUGUUAUUUUUUUUUUUUUAUAAUGUCUUUUUGUAUGAUUUUUUUUAAAGUGACCAGAGAGUUAACUGUUUGACAUAAUUACAGGUGGAGUCCUACGUGUUUGUAAUGUUGUGGUCAAAUGUUUCAGAGGAAAAAAAAAAGAAAGGAAAAAAAAAAAGCAGCUGCCACUAAACAGCACCUGUAUGAUUUCUCCUGUUUCUCACUGGGGCUAGCGUCCAUGAAAUGACUCAUUUUUGUAUAUCUGCAGCAUUAAAAGCAGAUGUGUUAUUGCUGUGUUCCAAAGACAUGCUAAGAAUGAAUUGACCCCCCCCCCCCACCCCGUGUUAACAGGCCUGGGUUGUUUCUUCACUGAGAGGGAGUCAGUCUACUGAGCCAUGUGGCAGAUGAAUAUUGAGUGUUUUGUUUUUUUCCCAAUUCUUUCCCGAAAUUUCAAUCACGUUAAAUUGAUUUUCCACAUCAGUGAGUCGGAAUAACAGGGGAAGAGGAGGGCUGCAACACUUUCUGCUUUUUCAGUGGUGCAUCCCAAUCACGUCCACAAGAGGUUUGAUGUGUCUCGGCCUCCACAGAAACCUUCAACAAUGCUCUGAAAUGUCACGAUUGUCACUCAACUUAAACAAGUUUGACCUGUGUACGCAAGCUCUUGAUCCUACCACUAUAAUGAAACGUAUGAAAUGACUUCUCAUAACUAGGAUUUGCUCUAACCCUUCUUUUAUCAAAUGGAUGUGUGAGAAAGGUGUGCGGGAAGUUUCCCAACAAUGACUCUGUCUCUUCUUAUAAUUAUGUCACUGUGUGCUGAAGAAUUGGCUUAAGCCCCCCCCCCCCCUCCCCGCGCUUACACCAACAGCAUUUUUUUCUAUAAAGAGUCGUCGUCCAUGGACACAAAGGACACGGAUGGGGGGAAAAUGUCAACAACAACAGGGAACAUUUGAACAUGUAAAGGGAAUUGAAAAUAUGAUGGUGGCCAUGCUGGAGUAUAAUAAGUCACCUGCUGCUUUCAUGAUGGGUUUUUAUUUUCCUUUUUUUUUUUUUCUGAAGUGAAUUUCAGUAGGUGUUUGCAGAUGAAAGGAAUGAAUGGCUGUCCUUAUCUUAAUCUGAAUUUGCCAAUAGGGCUGUCAGAAGGCAUUACAUAUAUCUAUAUGUAUAUAUAGAUAUAUAGAUAUAAUAUUGCUUUUUCUAUCACUGUUAAUGAGUGCCAGUGGAUGCUAGCAUUGACAAAUUACUUGUUUCUCCACAUUGAAGUCCAUGAAUAAAACUUCAAUGGGAAUUAUCAGAUACAACAGAAACAAAGGUGUAAAUCCGUGGAUACAAACGACACACCUGGCUGACUCUGAACAAUAUAAAUACUAUAUUCAGCCUUAUUUUAUGCAUGUUUUGUGUUGGAGUGGAUGUGUGUGUUUUGCUAUUUUUUUUUAUCUGUAUCAAUUUGCAGUGCGUUUGUCAUCAUUUGCAGCUGAAAAGGCGACAGUUUGUCAGUUUUGUCAGUAUCGACGGAGGUAAAGAGUUCAUGGGCACACAGCACCCAGGAACAAUAUUGCAGUUAACACACAAAAAAGUAUAUAAAUAUAUAUAUAUAUAUAUAUAUAAAUACAGAUGAAAAAAACCCAACAUCUCUCAGAGAGCGGCCUUCUCGAACGGCUGGAGAUGUGAAUGUUUUACAGCCCAUGCUUGUCUACUGUAUGUUUUUAGAUGAGCAUGUUAAUCAUGAGCCUCAAUUUCUAUUAUGUAUUUUCAACACAAUUUAAAAUUACAAAGUGCGAAAUAUCAUGUUCUGAUUAAAAGUAUGUGGAUUUCCGUUGGGUGAGAUUUUCUGUCCGUUUUAAGUUGACUUUGCUUUUAUUCUCUACGGCCUUGUUUCUGUUGUUCGGUGUAUCCACUUCAGUUCGACAACAAACGCGAGGAUUUACAACAGAAAGUUUCAGAAUGGGAAAACCUAUAGUGCCAGUUGCCGGGUUGCUACUUUUUUCAAAGUUCAAAAGCAAAAAUCACAAUUUAAAUGCCUUUUACUUUUAUGGUUUCGCCUGCAGGUGAGCUGCUUGGCUAUGACUUCAUAAAUCCACACAGUUUGCGUGUCACAGCAUAAAAGACACAAAUAUUGUUUUUUAUUUUUCUUCUUGCAUUCAGUGCCUAUCAAAGUCAGGAGGCGGGAGGUAGUCGGAACAGUUGCUGCUCCAUUUGAGUUAUUCAUGCCUCGGGAUAUAACAUAAUGAGUAAUAUUGAAAUAUGGCAUGGACUGCAAACCCCUUUGAGUCAGACAAGUGUUGGUUCUUCCCUUGCAGUGUAUUGUAGUUAAUAUAGUGGGUGUGUUAUUCCACACUAUCCCAGCCCCGGCUAAAUACUAACAAUGUGUCUGUAUUUGACAUUUAAAUCAAUUGGUCUUCUAAAAGCUGCAUUCAUUACCAUUUUAAAGUUUACUGCUGACACAGCACCCCCCCCCCCCGCCCCGCCCCCAUCACACUUAACACUUUUGCAACUAACUAUAGUCACACAUGGCUGACUUUUCUAAGCACAACAAUUGAAACCCUAAUCUAGUGACAAGCGAUUUCAAGUUCUAUUUUUAAAAAAUGCAACUUUGGCCCAAAGCGAAGAUCGACUCUACCCCCUUUUUGAAAGCACAAGUUUAAAGGUUUCCAUAUCACCUUUUUGGUCUGCAUCCGUCGUGAAACCACUGCCACACGUGCUUCUCUGAGACGUGUUGGAGAAAGAGAGGGAAACCUUUCGGAUUGGAGUCGGCAUUCUGUAUACUGGUAGAUGUGAACAUUGUCUUCAUGUUGUCGGAUGUUAUGAGUUCCUAUUUUUGUAAUACUGAUUGUAACUUCAUUCCAUCCUAAUCUACUUUUUUGUAUUCAGUGUGUUUCAACAUUCCACUGUAAAUACUGUACAUACGGUUGAGAUUAUAGUUGGGAUUUCUUUAGGGAACUGCGUAGGGACCCUGUUCAUGUAAAAUAUACCGAUUUUGACUGCAAGCAUACAGGCUGGAUGAUGGCUAGUUGAAGUCGAUGCAUAGCUUAUUUCCAAAGUCCCACCUAGAAAAUGCUCCUCCAGUACGUUUUUUGAUAUGCCACUAGAGGCGUCGCUGUCAUACAAAAGGGGUGACGCGCACAGUUUGUCAAAUUUAAUGUUAUUGAAAGAAAAUCUAAAAGAGAGAAGCUGUCUGUAUGCAGCCAUGUGAAUGUAUAUUUCUGAGGGUGUUACAAAUAUGAAAAAAAAAAAAAUCUCUUGUUCAAUUGUGAUGACCCAGUGAAGUAACUUGUAUUUGUUUUACGCAUUAAAUGAGUUCAAUAGUCAA